UUCCCUCGGGAGAAGGAUUCCUUACCCCGUUUUCCCUGAAGAAGCAGGUGUUUCUGGUUCCUUGCCUCUACUCCUUAGUUUCACCGCAGGUUCUAGGAAGCAGGUCCUCACUCAGUUCCCCUGGGAGGGAGCCUGGCUGCUCUUCUCUGUGGAGAGCAGAUACUCCCUUGUGAGGAUGGGCAGUGGGUGUGUGCUGACCCUGAUCUCCCUCCCCUUUCAGAACUGUUCCCCCUCAUCUUCCCGGCAGAGCCAGCCCAGGCCUCUGGCCCCUAUGUGGAGAUCAUUGAGCAGCCCAAGCAGCGGGGCAUGCGCUUCCGCUACAAGUGCGAGGGGCGCUCCGCGGGCAGCAUCCCAGGCGAGAGGAGCACAGAUACCACCAAGACCCACCCCACCAUCAAGAUCAAUGGCUACACAGGACCAGGGACAGUACGCAUCUCCCUAGUCACCAAGGACCCUCCUCACCGGCCUCACCCCCACGAGCUUGUAGGAAAGGACUGCCGGGAUGGCUUCUAUGAGGCUGAGCUCUGCCCAGACCGCUGCAUCCACAGUUUCCAGAACCUGGGAAUCCAGUGUGUGAAGAAGCGGGACCUGGAGCAGGCUAUCACUCAGCGCAUCCAGACGAACAACAAUCCCUUCCAAGUUCCUAUAGAAGAACAGCGUGGGGACUACGACCUGAAUGCUGUGCGGCUCUGCUUCCAGGUGACAGUGCGGGAUCCAUCAGGCAGGCCCCUCCGCCUGCCGCCUGUCCUUUCUCAUCCCAUCUUUGACAACCGUGCCCCCAACACUGCCGAACUCAAGAUCUGCCGAGUGAACCGAAACUCUGGCAGCUGCCUCGGUGGGGAUGAGAUCUUCCUACUGUGUGACAAGGUGCAGAAAGAGGACAUUGAGGUGUAUUUCACGGGACCAGGCUGGGAGGCCCGAGGCUCCUUUUCACAAGCUGAUGUGCACCGACAAGUGGCCAUUGUGUUCCGGACCCCUCCCUACGCAGACCCCAGCCUGCAGGCUCCCGUGCGUGUCUCCAUGCAGCUGCGGCGGCCUUCCGACCGGGAGCUCAGUGAGCCCAUGGAAUUCCAGUACCUGCCAGAUACAGACGAUCGUCACCGGAUCGAGGAGAAACGCAAAAGGACAUAUGAGACCUUCAAGAGCAUCAUGAAGAAGAGUCCUUUCAGCGGACCCACUGACCCCCGGCCUCCACCUCGGCGCAUUGCUGUGCCUUCCCGCAACUCAGCUGUUCCCAAGCCAGCACCCCAGCCCUAUCCCUUUACGUCAUCCCUGAGCACCAUCAACUAUGAUGAGUUUCCCACCAUGGUGUUUCCUUCUGGGCAGAUAAGCCAGGCCUCAGCCUUGGCCUCGGCCCCUCCCCAAGUCCUGCCCCAGGCUCCAGCCCCUGCCCCUGCUUCAGCCAUGGUGUCAGCUCUGGCCCAGGCCCCAGUCCCUGUCCCAGUCCUAGCCCCAGGCCCUCCUCAGGCUGUGGCCCCACCUGCCCCCAAGCCCACCCAGGCUGGGGAAGGAACGCUGUCAGAGGCCUUGCUGCAGCUGCAGUUUGAUGAUGAAGACCUGGGGGCCUUGCUUGGCAACAGCACAGACCCAACCGUGUUCACAGACCUGGCAUCAGUCGACAACUCCGAGUUUCAGCAGCUGCUGAACCAGGGCGUACCUGUGGCCCCCCACACAACUGAGCCCAUGCUGAUGGAGUACCCUGAGGCUAUAACUCGCCUAGUGACAGGGGCCCAGAGGCCCCCUGACCCAGCUCCUGCUCCACUGGGGGCCCCGGGGCUCCCCAACGGCCUCCUUUCAGGAGAUGAAGACUUCUCCUCCAUUGCGGACAUGGACUUCUCAGCCCUGCUGAGUCAGAUCAGCUCCUAAGGGGUGAUGCCUACCCUCCCCAGAGCACUGGGUUGCAGGGGAUUGAAGCCCUCCCAGAGCACUUACGGAUUCUGGUGGGGUGUGUUCCAGCUGCCCCCAGCUUUGGUGAUGUCUUCCUUGGAGGGGGAAGGCAUAUUUUAUUCUUUUAUUGGCAAUACCUGUAUCUAUCUCUCUUUUUGGAGGUGCUUAAGCAGAAGCAUUAACUUCUCUGGAAAGGGGGAAGCUGGGGAAACUCAAACUCUUCCCCUAUCCUGAUGGUCAGCUCCCUUCUCUGUAGGGAACUAUGGGGGCCCCCGUCCCCAUCCUGCAGCUUCUAGUACUCUCCUAGAGAGAGAAGCAGGCUAGAGGUAAGGCCUUUGAGCCCACACAGCCUUAUUAUCAAGUGUCUUCCAUCAUGGAUUCAUUACACCUUAAAAUAACGCCCCAGGUACCAGCCCCUCUAUGGCAUUGGCAUUGUCGCUGUGCCUAACACCAGCAUUUGAGGGGCUGGCCUUCGUGCCCUACAGAGGUCUCUGCCGGCUCUUUCCUUGCUCAGCUGUGGCUGAAGGAAACCAGUGGAACAACGCUGGCGCUCUCAAGGAUCCAGAGGGGGUUUGGUUUGGGACUUCCCUGCUCUCCCUCUUCUCAAGUGCCUUAAUUGAGGGCAAGUUGUUAGAGAGAGUCGGGAGGAGCAGGCUGGCAGCUCUCCAGUCAGGAGGCAUAGUUUUCACCGAAGAAUCAAAGCACUUGGACUCUUGCUCUUUCUACUCUGAAUUAAUAAAUCUGUUGCCAAGCUGG